AUGAAUAUUUUCACCAUUCUGUUUGAUCUUAUUGGUCUUCUGUGUAAUCUAUUUAUCAUUCUAACUGCCACAAUACAUCGUCCAUUACGCACAGUAACCAAUUUAUUAAUAGCCAAUACAUGUACAGCUGGUAUUUUAUUUGCUAUGGCGGAUAUUUCAAUAGUGAUUCGAGUUAAUGAAUUUGAUCGUCUGCCAACAGGCGAAUUUCCUGUUGAAAGAGAUCUCUUUUGUGAAACACGAACUUAUUUAGUCUUGCUGGCAUCAAAUGGUGUUUAUCAAUCAUUGGCUGUACAAGCAUUGAGUCGAUAUUUUUUUGUUAUUUAUCAUAAAAAGAAACAAUUGCAAACAUUAAAAGUUCAUAUUUUGAUGAUUGUCGUUCAAUGGGUGUUUACAAUGUUGAUAUUAGCUCCAUUCUUUCUCAAGAAAACUCUCGUCUUUGAAUAUUGGACAUUGACAUAUGUUUGCGUUUUUCCAAAGAGUAGUCUGCUUAUCACAGUUUAUAGAUCAUUAGCUGGCUUGUUGAUACCCGUAACAUUAAUUAUCAGUAUUUAUCUUGCUGUUCUGAGAUAUAUUCGUCAACGUGGUCGCCGACAACAUCGACGUUACGAACGUGAUAAACAACGUCUUGUACGUCUAAUGAUAUUAUUAUCGUUAUUUUCAGCUGGUGGUAUCCCACUAGCUCUAUUUAGUCUAUUGGAAUUAACUGAAGUGCUGAAACCAGCUCCGCCAUAUGCUAGUCGUUUAAUAUUUUUUAUUGCAUCAAUAACAUUUGUGUGCUAUUCAAUUACAAAGUUGGUGACGAAUAGAGAACUGAAACAAAUUAUGAAUAAUGUUCUAUUAGAGAAUCGUCGUCGUUUCAGGCGAAUAAAUGCAGAACAAUCAGAAACAAAGUUUUAA